AAAGCCUCAUAACAUCUAGAAGAUGAUGAAGUCCACAUAAUUCGCGCUUUGCUGUUUCUCUCCACUCCUCUCUACUUUCGGGAAUCUUCUUCAUUCGAAAAAAAAAUUCGUUGCCGGAGAUCGGAAAGGGAUGGCUUCGCUCGGUUUCAAUCUCGGCUUCUCCUUCUCAAAUGUACAAAUUCAGCAGAAUCGAAAAGUUCCCGGAAGUGGAAGGGCUCGCGUUUUCUUCUGUAGCUCCUCUUCCUCUCAAGCAUCUCCGCAGGGGAUUUCUGCCGCGACGCCUCCUGAGAUCGAGCUCGAGUUCUUCGGUCCGAAGCCUGGGAGCGACGGGUCGUAUCCGAGGGAUAAAGCGAAAGCUGUGAGCGGCGAGAAGCUUCUGAGAAACAUUAUGCAGGAUAACAAAAUCGAGCUGUACGCUACUUACAUACUAGACGGUAGAGACCUUCUGAACGAGAGAACAGAUACAGAAAACAAGUAUCUGAAAAAGAAGCCGGAAUCUUGGAGACUCGCAUGUCAAACUAUAGUAGGGAACAAAGAAAACUCAGGAAAGGUUGUCGUUCAGCGGAUUCCGCAGUGGAAGAAGUGAAUAUUCCCAUGUAAGGUUCUACUCGUUCAGCGGAUUCAGCAGCUCGUAUUAAAGAGCUGUCCCCUCCAAAGCCAUAUUAGUUUUUAUGUUUGUAUUUAUCCCAAAAGCUCGACUCAACAAGAAACUGGCAAAGCUCUUUGAAUGGGACCAGUUUGGGAUAUCGAGUUUAAAUCGAUGACUGUAUAGAUCGACUAGCAAUAUAACCCAUUGAAUUCAAAGUUAUGAAACGGUGACAAUCAGAGCAGAUACGGAUUACAAAUCUUGGUCGGUUUUUAAGAGUUUGAGUGCUUUUUAAACUAAACAUAUUAAUGGAGAACAGAAAAAAA